UUGCUUACUUGUACGAUGGCAACCAUAGUGAAGUUACAGCUUAUACUCCUUUUGAACGCAAUCAGGAGUGGAAAUUCCCUCUAUCAGGGAACGCGGGUUCAUCAGCAAAAUUUUGGCUACGCGCUACAGAUCUACGAUCCUAAGUUUAUAGCAACCGGAUCAUUGUUCAGUGCCCGUUAUAUUUUAACAGUUGCACACUGCUUUAAAAGGAAUACCAAACCAGAGGAGUUGUCAGUGCGAGCGGGUUACGAUAAGAUAGCUAGGGAAUUCAGAGGCAGACCAGUGGCGGGAUUCCUACGCCAUCCGAAAUUCUCACCUCAAACCCUGCGAAAUGAUAUUGCCGUGCUAAGGGUCAAAGUGGCUAUUGGAUAUUCGCGUAGAAUUAACUAUAUAGCCCUUUGCUCGAUGCCCUUCAGGCGCGAUAAGGGUGCAAACCAACUGGCGAUCGUAGGUUGGAGUUUGAUGAAUAUCACCAAUUCCCUGAAAUCCAUUAAUGUCAGGGUAGAAUUACAGAAAAACUGCCGUCAUUGGUUUCCCCAAUUGCCAGGCGGAGUGUCCUGCGCUUCGACCGCAAAUGGGGAAGGACUGUGCUAUGGAGACUCCGGGGAUCCUCUGAUCACCGGUGGUGAAAUUUGUGGCCUGGCAAUAGCCUUUCGGAGAUGCGGCGAUAAGCGAUAUCCCGCCCUGUUCACGGAAGUCUAUUACCAUCGGCCCUUUAUUGCCCAUGCUGUGCUCACAUUGGACAGGGAAAUGUUAAAAAAACCAAGGGGUUGAACUUUCCACACGCUAAAUAGACUACGAAAAACAAACCACAUUUUAGCUGAAUGAAGUCUACAUAAGCUUACAGGGCAGCUGGAUGACUCACCUGCAAGAAGAGGCAAAGAAAAAUUAAACUAAAUAAAGAACUGAACAAGGCACAUAAGAAAUUUUCCCUUCUUUAAGUAGAAA